CUUUCGCCUCCAUCCAACCUGGACUACUCAUUUAUCCAAAUCUGCACCAUGAACUGGACAUGGAACCCCCCAGAGAAUGUCAGCAGUAGCUGUGACCUGGAGUAUUCCAGUGACAUUGUGAUUGAUGAUGUCCCUCAGGACAAAAGAGAAUGGAGUAAGAGUCGCUUCCGUGUGACAGAUACGUUCUUGAAUGAGGAAAUGCGUUUCAAAGUGAGAAGCGAAUGCAAGUACGAUAACAGCAGUGAGCCCAGCCGAUGGGUGGAGAUGUCUCUUCUGCCUAAAGGGAUUCCAGGUACUGCUGCUGUUGAUCUGAGCUGUGUUUGGCACAAUUUGGAGUACAUGGCUUGUACGUGGCGUCCUGGGGAGAAUGCAAGCAGUGAUACCAAUUAUACGUUGUUCUACUGGUUUGAUGGUUUGAAAAACCACAAGAAGUGCAGCAACUAUUCUGUGCACCAGGGAAUCUUUGGAUGCACUUUCAAUCUUAGCUUUCCAAAAGUCAUCAAUACCUACCCAGCUAUAAGUAUUUUGAUUAGAGAUGAUUCUGAAGAAGUUAGACCUGUGUGUGCAAGUAAAAAUCCUACCACCCUUGUAAAACCUGCUACACCAAGACGAGUUACACUGUCAAAGAUCAAUGAUGGAAUAUAUAUAGAAUGGAGUGAAUCGGACACCUUUCCAAAAAAUUGUUUAUUUUAUGAAGUUGAAUAUCGCAAUGCUGAUUUGGACACUGCUCAGAUAAUUAAAGUUAAAAAUAAUAAUCAUACAUCAGUUCCUGGUGUUGAUCCUAAUAGCAAGCACAUCUUCAAAGUGAGAGCAAAACCAAAGCCCGAGUGUUACAGCAGCAAGUUCUAUAGUGACUGGAGUGAAGAAAAGAGUAUUGGUGAGAAGAUGGACUCUACGUUCUAUUUUGUUUUAAUAAUUGCCAUUCCAUUAAUAGUAGCAGUAUCUACAAUAAUUCUACUAGUUUAUCUGAAGAGGCUUAAGAUAUUCAUUCUUCCACCAAUUCCGGACCCCAGAGAAAUUCUGAAGCGCAUGUUUGGAGAGCAGAAUGAGGAUUCUCAGAGCUGUGCAAAGGACAAUUCUGUGAAUGCUUAUGACAAGUUAAUUAAGGAAGAAGAAAUUCAUUCUUUAAUUUUAACAGAAACUCCAGAGUGCACUAAUUCUGAGAAAGAAAACUGA